AUGCUGAAGGACUGUCGUGGUCUCUCCUUUCUCCCCAGCAGUAACCUCUACACAGGGUUUACCCACCUCCCCAACCACACGGGUAGAGGUGGUAAGGGACUCGGCAAAGGAGGCGCUAAGCGUCACCGCAAGGUGCUUCGCGAUAACAUCCAGGGGAUCACCAAGCCGGCUAUUCGCCGUCUGGCUCGCCGUGGCGGUGUAAAGCGUAUUUCUGGUCUGAUCUAUGAAGAGACUCGCGGUGUGUUGAAGGUGUUCCUGGAGAACGUGAUCCGCGACGCCGUCACCUACACCGAGCAUGCCAAGAGAAAGACCGUGACCGCCAUGGAUGUGGUGUACGCCCUGAAACGCCAGGGACGCACCCUGUACGGCUUCGGCGGUUAAACGCUCUAACACCGAACGACGCGAACACCUCCACGCGCCUCCUUUGCCGAGUCCCUUACCACCCUUGCUUUUUUUUAAAAUGAAUUUUAUUGAAUUUAUACAAAAUUUACAAUCUUACAAAAAGUCAUAUUCAGAAAGAAAGAAAAAAAAUACUUACAUAGUCAAGGUACAAUUACAAGUACCUUGUAAA